GUCGGAGGAGUUGAGAGCCGGCGCAAAAGUUUCCUCCCAACUCCGGCCCCGCGCGCUGCCGCCACCGCCCACUCCAGCCCGCGGCCUGGGGCCGGCCCUGCCACGGUCGCCAGGGCCACCGCCAGAGGCAGGGCCGGGCCGGGCCGCGCCCGCAGUUUCACUUUGGCGCGUGGAGCCUCCGCCUGCGCCCGGCUGACCUGCCUGGUCCCCGAGUCCGCUUCCCGCCCUCGGCCUCCCGUGGGGCUUCAGGGGUGCAGCCGCGGCUCCCGGCCCCGGAGCCACACACGGGGACAGCGGCGUGUCCACCCCACAUCCCCCGACGGAGGGGCUGAGCCCGGGGGUCAGACACCUGUUCGGCCCGGCCCAGCGCGGGAGCCCAGGGGCAGGAUGAAAGUGACAGUGUGCUUCGGUAGGACGGGCAUCGUGGUGCCCUGCAAGGAUGGCCAGCUGCAAGUCCGCGAGCUCACCCAGCAGGCGCUACAGCGGUACCUGAAGACCCGGGACCAGGAUCCUGGAUAUUGGGUGAAGAUUCAUCACUUAGAAUACACAGAUGGAGGAAUCCUGGAUCCAGAUGAUGUCUUAGCAGAUGUUGUUGAAGACAAAGACAAGCUCAUUGCUGUGUUUGAUGAACAAGAGCCACUCCAGAAGAUUGAGAGCCCCAGUGGAAACCCUGUGGAUCGGCAGAGCCCAGACGCUUUCGAGACAGAAGUGGCUGCUCAACUGGCUGCAUUCAAACCAGUCGGUGGGGAAAUCGUAGUAACCCCUUCUGCCCUGAAGUUAGGCACUCCACUGCUGGUAAGGAGAAGCAGUGAUCCAGCACCAGGGCCACAUGCUGAUGCCCAGCCAAGCACUGCAAGCCCAAGUGGCCAGAGUUUGAAACCUGUUGUUCCGGAUUCCACCCAGAACUUGGAAAACAGAGAAGUUAUGAAUGGUGAACAGACAGAGCUACUAACAUCGCACAGAACUAAGGACGCACUGAGUCCCAGCAUUUCAAGUGUGAGGUGGCGCCAGGAGGACCGGAAGUUCAGCGUACCCUCCACUACACAGCUGAAUUCAAGGCUAGCCUCAAGAACAACAAAUGAUAUGACAAGAAUGGUGGAGAUUUCUGGGGAAGGAGACCCCCUGGGAAUACAUGUGGUGCCCUUCUUUUCAUCCCUGAGUGGACGGAUCCUAGGACUCUUCAUCCGAGGCAUUGAAGAAAAUAGCCGGUGCAAACAGGAGGGGCUGUUUCAGGAGAAUGAAUGCAUUGUAAAAAUCAACAAUGUGGAACUCCUGGACAAAACUUUUGCUCAGGCCCAGGAUGUCUUCCGCCAGGCAAUGAAAUCCCCCAGUGUGGUCCUCCAUGUGCUUCUGCCUCAAAACCGUGAGCAGUAUGAAAAAUCAGUCAUUGGACCACUAAACAUUUUUGGCAACAGUGAUGGAGCUUCGAGAACAAAGGUUCCACCUCCUACCCGUGGGAAACCAGGAUUAAAGGCAGUAAAUCUGGCAGGAACAAACAGUCCUGAAGCAGAUGAGUCAACUUCCCCGCAGCAAAGCAAGAGCCCCCGAGUUCCAAGACUAGGAAGAAAAGCUUCGUCUCCCUCACUCUCCCCUCUCAUGGGGUUUGGCAGCAAGAAAAAUGCAAAAAAAAUUAAGAUUGACCUAAAGAAAGGCCCUGAAGGACUUGGUUUCACUGUGGUAACCAGAGACUCUUCUAUACAUGGUCCUGGUCCCAUUUUUGUAAAGAACAUCUUACCAAAGGGAGCAGCAAUAAAGGAUGGCCGCCUACAAUCAGGAGACAGAAUUUUGGAGGUAAAUGGCAGAGAUGUCACAGGGAGAACUCAGGAAGAGCUUGUGGUCAUGCUGAGGAGCACCAAGCAGGGAGAAACAGUGUCACUGGUUAUUGCCCGCCAAGAUGGGAGCUUCCUGCCCCGAGAGCUGAAAGGAGAGCCUGACUGCUACGCACUCUCCCUGGAGACAAGCGAGCAGCUCACCUUGGAGAUCCCCCUGAAUGAUUCCGGCUCUGCUGGCCUUGGGGUUAGCUUGAAAGGGAAUAAAUCCCGAGAAACAGGAACUGACUUGGGAAUUUUUAUCAAAUCUAUCAUCCAUGGAGGUGCCGCUUUCAAGGAUGGCCGUCUGAGAACGAACGACCAACUGAUUGCUGUUAAUGGGGAAACUCUUCUGGGAAAGUCUAACCAUGAAGCUAUGGAAACAUUGAGGAGAUCGAUGUCCAUGGAAGGAAACAUCCGGGGCAUGAUCCAGCUGGUGAUACUGAGGAGGCUGGAAAGACCGCUGGAGGAGCUUGCAGAGUGUGGGGCACUCUCCAGACCAUGUUUUGAAAACUGUCAAGAAGCUCUGAGCUCCUCCAAGCGAAAUGAUAGUAGUGUAUCGUAUCCAUUUGGCACUUUCAGUCCACAAGAUAAAAGAAAAGACCUAUUGCUUCCCAAUGAUGGGUGGGCUGAGAGUGAAGUACCGCCAUCCCCGCCACCACAUCCUGGUCUGGAAUGGGGCCUUGAAGAUUACGGCCACAGCUCUGGGGUGGAUUCCACAGUAUAUUUUCCAGAUCAACAUGUCAAUUUCAGAUCUGUGACGCCAGCCAUGCAGCCUGAAUCAAUUAACCUGAAAACCUCCAAAAGCAUGGACCUUGUGCCAGAUGAAAGCAAAGCUCAGUCAUUGGCUGAUCGCAGAUUGGACUCUCCAAGCAAAGAUUUUGGUCCAACGUUGGGUCUGAAAAAGUCCAGCUCCUUGGAGAGCCUGCAGACCGCUGUGGCUGAGGUCAGGAAGAGUGAUAUGCCCUUCCACAGGCCCAGACCACACAUGGUGCGAGGUCGGGGCUGCAACGAGAGCUUCAGGGCCGCCAUUGACAAAUCAUACGAUGGGCCAGAAGAAGAAGAAGCUGACGGUCUCUCUGAUAAGAGCUCUCAUUCUGGCCACGGAGCUCUGAAUUGCGAGUCUGCCCCUCAGGGAAACCCUGAGUUAGACGAUGUGGAAAAUAAAGCCAGGAAAGUCAAAAAAGCAAAAGAGAAGGAGAAGAAAAAGGGAAAGAGCAAGCUGAAAGUCAAGGAAAAAAAGCAGAAAGAGGAGAGUGAAGACCCAGAGAAGAAAAUGAAGAGGAAGGGAUUCGGUGCCAUGCUGAGAUUUGGAAAGAAGAAAGAUGACAAGGGUGGGAAGAUGGAGCAGAAAAGUACCCAGAGGCCCGGGAACCUGGGAGAAGAAGAGCUGGAGAAAAUGAAAGGGGAAAGAGAAAGGAUUGGAGCAAAACAUCAGGAGCUAAGGGAAAAGCAGGCAAGAGGUCUUGUUGAUUAUGCCACUGCAGCAAUUGGAUCAGUGCAUGAUAUGGAUGAUGACGAAAUGGACCCCAAUUAUGCCAGAGUGAACCACUUUCGGGAGCCAUGCACAUCAGCAAAUGUCUUCAGAUCGCCAUCUCCCCCUCGAGCUGGACCACUUGCUUACCCUCGGGAUGGACGACCACUGUCUCCAGACAGAGACCACUUAGAGGGUCUUUAUGCCAAGGUCAACAAGCCGUAUCAUCCUCCAGCCCCAGCUGACAGUGGCCGUCCCAUGGCUGGAAACAGUGACCGCAUCCAGAAGCUUCGGAAGGAGUAUUAUCAAGCUCGAAGAGAAGGUUUCCCUUUCUAUGAAGAUGAAGAGGGACGCGCAUGGCCAUGUGACCAUGACCUCCUCUGGGUGUCUGGAAAGGGUCCAGACGGAAGCACACACAGCCUCCGCUUUGAAGGGAUGGAGCGGCAGUAUGCAUCCUUACCCAGGGGAGGCUCAGCAGAUCCUGUGGACCACCUGACAGCAGCACCCCGAGGGCGCUACAAUGAAAGAGAGCUUCCAUACUACCCAGGGCCUCAUCCUAUACAUGUCCCAAGAGGGAGCUAUCCCCGCCCCCCAGAUCUGAGGGUGGCAGAUCUCCAAUAUCCACAGUACUACCCACGCCCACCAGCCCAUCAGCAAAAAGGACCCUUCAGACAGGAUGUUCCACCUUCCCCACCUCAGCAACAGCGAGUUCCAGUCUAUCAGGAGAUGGGCAGAGCAGGGCCCCGAGGGGGCAGCCCUGACCAGCACCCCUAUCGUAACCAGGACCCCAGGCAGAAGAACCCCAUGACUGCAGCUGUAUAGCUGAACAUCACAGAGAUCUGCCAAGCAAGGAAGACACCCAACACUACCUUUGCCCUUGCUAGACCCUAAGGCCUUCUCCAGGCGAAGGUAUCCCAUGGUACAGAGUGGCUAUUGGUCCCUGAGGAUGUGACACUUGACUGCUGAUCAGAAGAGAAAAAAGGGGUUCAGGGGGUUGGGGAUGUGGGUUCUAAAGCAAAAAGGAGGUGGGGUCAUAAAAACAGUACUUCCUGAUACUUGAAAGACUUGAAGAACUGGUUGGUUGUAGAAGAGGGGCAAUUGAUUAAGAAUCAAUAGUGAUACACUAUAGUAAACCCUGGCUAGAAAACCAGCUGGUUAUAACCCCCACACCCCAUCACCACACAUAGCACAGGUAGCUGUCUUGACCAGGCCUCAUCACACACUCAGAGACUCACUCUCAGCCCUAUCCUUGGAGCUGCGCCUACACAGUGGCAGAGUAGAGAGGCUCCAAUUAUGGGCAUCUUCAUAAGCAGUGUCUUCACUGAGAACCAAGUAACAAUAAUCAUAACCAGUGACCUCUGAGACGUUCGACCUGAAGGAAGGCUGCAUUUCCUUAUUUAUAGUCUACCUUGGGUUCCUGGUACUACUUGCUGGUACAAAGCUUUCACAUUCCCUUGCUUUUGAUAGAAAAGCCAGUAUUAGUGUCCGCGGGGUGCGGGGUGGGAGGUGUGCAAAGCUGUCAGGGCUUCCAGAAGGACCUUAUUCCAGCCAGAACCACAGUGAGCAGGUGAAGAGGGUUGGCUGUCCUUUGGUCCUUGCUUUCCUCUCCCCCGGGCCCUGGCAUGCUUGCUUGGAGAUGGCUCAUUUCAGAGUCCUCCCCAAAUGCCUAGAAUUAUUUUAACCAAGACCUCUACUUUUAGAUUUCCACUCAAGGAGUAAAGUAUACAUGUGAGUGGGGUGGGUAAGGAAAAGUGAGCCUGCUGGUCAGGCCACACAGAAAGCAAUGUCCUAGGGAUGUCAGUGCCAGACUCAGUGCCAAACAGUACCCAUCUGCCCCUGGGUCAGUGAGUGAGGAUACUGGUCACCACAAGAAGUAGAUGAAAGUGUGUGUGUGUGUGUGUGUGUGUGUGUGUGUGUGUGUGUGUGUGUGUGUGUUUUCAAACACACGUGAUUACCAGUAUGGAGAGGACAAGAGAAAAUUGCCUUCUGGAAGUUUGAUGAGGAAGGAAUCAGAGGAAGUAAAGGGAGAAGAAAUUAAGAUUAAAUCAGUCUGCAUCUGCUAUAUCUCAUUAACAAAUGUCAGGGCAAAGUCAAGGUCUCCACCUGAUUUAAAAGACAAAGAAAAAAGUAUUCUGAGAAGCUGGGAAGCUGCUCUUGUUUCCUUUGAGCUUUUCUGCAUACACCACAGAGCAUCCUAAGCGUCCAAACUGAUCCAAAUGGGAACACACGCAAAAGACUGAGAAAUGGCAGAGACCACUGAACCGGCAUCGUGAAUGUGUCAGUGACUGCUGAGAACUUUAAGCGGCUCACAUUCCCUCUUCAGCCCCCUCCCCGAAAGGUCCUUAGUUCAAUAUAGACAUAUUUUGGCUGAGAGUAGAAAACCACUGACCAACAGAUUUUACUGAAUUAUAGUAUUCUAAAACACAUAGAGUAGCCAUCUGGCCCGAUUUAUUCUUUUCUUUUUUUUUAAAUAGUUUUGUUACCAAGAAUGAUGCAACCGUUGGUUUUAGACGUAAAUAGUGUCGUUUGCUGGACUUCAAGAGAGAUCAUUAUCUAAACCACAAUUACUGCGGCCCUCUGAAAAACUGACUGCCAAGUUGCUUUUUGUCCUCUGCCAUCUCUCGUCAGCCAGCGCCCUUCCAUCCUAUGUAAUUUGUUCAGUGGGGUGGAGGACCUCAGGCACUGCCCAACAAGGCACUGUGGCUAUGCUGUAGGGUCCCUGGCCACCAUGCUGAACAUGGCCUUUCACGCUGAAAGAAAAUGAUACAGUGAAGGAAAAGCAACUUUUGGGGGGAAGCAUUAGUUUAACUCUUAAACUGGGCAUGGUGCCACAUGCGGAGAAUCCCAGCACUCAGGAAGUCAAGGCAGGCAGACUGCAAGGUGGAGGCUAACCUGAACUGCAGGGUGGGCUUAAAGCCAGCCUGGACUGUAUGACAAGACCCUGUGGGGUUUUUUUGGGGGGGAGUAGGUUGUUUUUGUUUUUUUUUAACAUUACUCUUCAAUAUGUUCUAUAUUUUACUCAAAUUUCUGUAAAGCACUGUUUCUACCCAUGGCAAAAGUUUCCCCUUGCAGGAAGGGUGGACCACUUACAGAUGGACCACAGGUAGGUGACAAAGGCAUGCUGUAGAGAUGUGGCACUGAGGAUGACCGCUCAUGUUUUUGAGUCCAGCAUUGACACCUUGGGUGCACAGCACCCUAUAUGCAGGCUUCAGAAAAACUGCUUCAGACCUUGGCUUUGUGUUGUAUACAUAAUCCAUCCAGUAAUUGCUAAUCUUGAGAGGUAUUGUUAAAGAGAACAAAAAAAGAGAUGAUAACAGCUUUCUUUUCUUGCUUAAAAAUAUAGCAGUCACUGCAUUUGACCCUGCCCUAAAGAACUAACAUAUUUGUGACGGAGGCUACAUCAAGCCAACCAACAGUUAAGAACAGUUUGGACAGUAAAAUUUAUAAAGCUUGAGUACUAUCCGUCUCCUCUCCACAGCUCCAGGACCAUUAUUCCGGGGUGCUAGGAGAACAGGUGGCUAUCUGGAAGUCCAGGCUGUGAUCAGCAGGUCCCCAGAGGAAGGAAAUAGCUACCAGGAUAUUUGCAACCUUGAGAAAACUCACUCAGAUAUCUCUGUAACUGGGAACAGAGAGAAAGGUUUAUCAAGACCUACAAACCUGCUACUGGGCCACCCAGUUUCACCUGUCCCCUUUCCUCCCUUUCUUCUAUGACUAGAAAGGUAAGAGAGAACAGACCACUGAAAACCUUUAGUCCCUAGAGAAUCCAGUCUUCCACAAGAGAAACACAGCUCAUCACACCCCUGGGCUGAGGCACCACCCCUCUUGGCUUAAUACUGUUUCCCUCCAGAGCUGAAUCAGUGGACAAACAAAGGAACAUUUUCUUAAAAUCAUGAUUCCAUAGCAAACAAAGCUUAGAAAAAAUUAUUCUAAAAUUCAUUAUUCUGAGACUUUUCAGAACAUCUACGUUGAACCCACAGGACCUCAUGAAGCAAAAGUCUGAUGUAUUCAAUAGCAUCAUGGAGAAACGAAGCCUUGGAGGCUUUAUUGGAGCCUUAUUUCUGCUGCCAACAGAAUAAAAUUAAAACAAGAUCCACUUCCCUGAAUUAUUUUUAGCUAAAUCUAUCUUGUGAAGGAAAUCUUCCUGCAACUUCAGGAUCAAGAGAACUGGUUCCUCUGCUCCCUAGUCCACAGAGGGACCAAGACUACUUUUCCCCUCAAUGAAAAUCAACAGCAUUUGGCUUUGUUUGAUUUCUGCUUAGUGUUUGAGCAGUGUUACUGAAUUGCAAGCCUGUGGAAGGAAUGGAAAAGCAGUUGACAAAGGAAUGUGUCUCUGUAAAAUUCCCAUCAGCACUAAACUCUGAGAUCCAUUGUGAGCGGCUUUCCAAUUGGUGUUAAAUUGGGUAGACAUCCCAUCAUUCCCUGGCCCACAUUAACAGAAAAAAAGUCCAAGUUUCAUGCAAUUAAUAAGGCAGGUCAGGGUUCCAUUCAGAAACGUCCAUAAUAGUGUUUCUCCACCUCAGUUCACACCAACUUUGUGUAGAAACGAGGCAACAGGGAGAUGGGGAAAGGGAUUCUCCAUAAGACAUCCCAACAAGGUCACCUUUCUGCUAAAAGGGAAGGCAAAAAAGUUAAGAGGUCUAAAACAAAGCCAGGAUUCUCACAUGGAACCUUGGCCUCUAACUCUUUGUCCCUCCUCUCCUUAAGUAGGCAUACAGUCACCCACAGCCUGGCUUCUAAAGUUGGGUUUUGUUACUAAGCUCAGAGUGGGAAGUGAACCAUUCCCAAAGAUUUGAGCCCAUCUCUUGAUCUUCAGAAAGUGUUCCAUUCCAUCUGCAAUGCUAUUUACUACUGGAACAUAAAACAAAAUCUGUUGUUUAUACCCUCACUUUCUCUAGUCUUUCCUGUUCUUUUAUGAUUACCAAGUCAUCUGUUCAUACAUUCUAAAGAUAAAUUAUGUGAAAUCAUAUUUUGUCAUAUGGGGGUGGAGAGUGAAUUCUUUACAAACUUUCUAAUAUGAUCCCAUUUAUAUCACUGAAGACAUUUUGGAUGUUAUUGUAUAUGAGUAUAUAAAUUUUUCAUGUUUUAUUUUGCAUUAAAAUAAAGCGCUAUUCAAUCA